CCCAACCCGAAAAGUAAGCAAGAAGACUUUUUCCGCUGAACUUUUCCUCAGCCUCAUAGAUUCUCUAGUUGUUUUCAUGGUUUUUCAAUUUUGAAUAUUGAGAUGCCCUCCUAGUCCACUACAUAGCUAUACAUCUCUCUUCUCCACCCUCCACUCCCUUUAAAUUAAGCUUCUCUCAAGCCCAUCUCUUACUCCCAACUCCUUUUCUCCAUCUCUGCUGCUUGGAAAUAAAUGGGGCAAGCUCAGUACCUCAUGUUGAUGAACAAGAAACAUAUUCUGAAUUCCCAUUGUCAAGCACCGAUGAGCUUGUUCAACGAUUCGUGGGAAGAACAAGCUUUCGCAGAAGAUGCUGCAGGAGCUCUUGGACUUGGAGGAUGCAUAUGGCCUCCCAGAUCGUAUUCAUGUAGUUUCUGUAGAAGAGAAUUUAAGUCUGCUCAAGCCUUAGGUGGUCACAUGAAUAUCCAUAGGAGGGAUAGAGCUAGGCUCAAACAGUCUCUUAGUCCCCACAAUGAAACUGACCUUCAUAGUCAAAAUCAUGGUUCUCACAAACCUGACUCCAAUCCCGGGCCCGGUUUUCUUUCAUCACCUCUCUCUCCUUCUAGGGUUUCAGCUUUAUCGACUCUGGAGAGUUUUAGUGAGCAUAGCUUUGUCUCUCCACCUUAUUCCUCUUCUAUUCUCCAAGGACACCCAAAGGGAUCUUCUUGUUCUUCCCCUCCAACUUGGUCUGAUUCCGUGGCAGUCACACUCCUCAGUAUCUCAGAUUCAAAAGCUGAAUUACAAAAGAAUCAAACAAAAGAAGAAUCUGCAAUCCAGAGCCAUGAGGGUAGUACAGUGCAAACUGAUUUAUCUGUGAGCUUGAAUUCAGUUUCUCGUCGAAAUCGAUCAACUGGCUCCGAUGAUGAUGAAGCCACUGUCGGCUUUAAAAGACCUAAAACUGCUGUUUUGUCACUGCCGUUCUUCCUUAACCCUUGUCCACAACAAAGGCAUCCUCUCCAACCAGAAGUACUUGGACCCAAACCUAGCUCCAUGGAGGACAUUGAUCUUGAGCUUAGGCUUGGUGAUCUGCCAAAGGUGAAGUAGGCUGCAGUCUUUCUUUCUCAAGAAAUUUAUGUUUCGUUUUUAUUUUUCUUUUCCCCCUUUCCUAUGGGAAAUUAGCAAAGGCCUUGUGGCAAUCCAUUGGAAUUUGAAUAUAGAAUGAAAAGCUCAGUCUUCCAAAUA